AAAGACGCCUUCGCCUCCUUCUACCUCCAGCGCACUACGCGGGAAUUCGCAGAGGACCUCGACAAGGCCCGCACAGCCGACGACUUCAAGCCGGACUCGGUACCGUUCCUGGUCCAUGCCCUGCAGCAGGGGACCGCGCUCUACUCGGAUGCCGACAAGGCCCGCGUCAUG